UUCUCAUAGAAUACUCCGUCCUCUUCUCUCUGUGUAUUGCGAUCCCAAUAUAUUAGUUUUUAUACUUGGCCUUAACAAUGAAGAAAGAAGAUUAUUAAUUGAAGAUUUGGCGUUAACAAUAAAUUUAAAAAAAUUACCAACAGUUAUUACUAAUGAGACACUUUCUGUAGAACGGGAACGCUUGUACUUAGAAGCAGGUGUAAUAUUUAUUACCUCACAAAUUUUAGUAGUAGAUAUUUUACAAAAUCGAGUUCCUGUAGAAAAAAUAUCUGGCUUUAUAGUGGCACACGCUGAGCGAAUUAAUGAAAAGUCAAGAGAAGGUUUCAUUCUUCGUCUUUUUCGGGAAAAAAAUAAUGUGGGAUUUGUCAAAGCCGUCUCCGAAUAUCCGGAGGCUUUUUCAAAAGGUUUUUCCGCAGCCCAGCGGAUAAUGAAAUGUCUUUAUAUAAACAAGUUACACAUACGUCCGAGGUUUUACGUGAGCAUCAAAGACUUUCUAAAAACCAGCGAGCCGGAAGUAGUGGAACUUAAGAUUCGCUUUACCGAAAGCAUGUUAAAUAUUCAAGAGUGCAUAAUGGAGUUACUUGACUUGUGCGUGCGUGAACUGAAGAGGAUUAAUCCUUCAUUGACGUUAGAUUCGUCGUACUCUGAGGAAGUUGCGUUAAGUUCUCUGCACCAUUCUCUUCUUCACCAAUUAAGAGGCGUCUGGCACCAGACAUCUUUUAAAACCAAGUCCCUAAUCAGAGACGUGAAUGAACUAUCGGAUCUUCUCAACUAUUUAAGCGAGUACGACUGUGUUACUUUCUGUCACUAUUUGGAUUCUCUACGGGCGUCCGCCAACGCAGAGAACUUUACUGACGCUGAAAAGAAUUUGUGGCUCAUGCUCGACCCAACCAACACGCUGUUUCAGCAAGCAAAAAAGCGCGUGUAUACGAAAAUAGACCAAAACAAAACUCUAGCCUCCGAUAAUAUAUAUUUCCACUUGGAAGAGAAUCCGAAGUGGAAGUUACUAAAAGAAGUAUUAUUGGAGAUCCAAAGCGACAUGGACGCCUGUCCAAGUUUUAGAGGAAACGUGCUGAUCUUUGCUAAAAAUGAAAAUACUUGCACCCAAAUCAGAAACUUUUUGUUGGUUGGAGGGAAGAAGAUGCUGAUGACUCUCUACAAGCAGUACAUUCAGUGCAAACCCGCCUUGUCCAAUCUGAACAGUUCUCCGUCCGAGAGCCAGGGACCCGCAAAGAAACAGGUUCACGGCUUCCAUCUGAAAAAGGUUGAUCUGCUUGCCACAGGGGGGAUGCACGUGGUAUCGGUUUCUUACUUCCAGAGGCUGCAGCGUCGCAGAGCCCUGUUGGCUAGGGACACUGCCCCCGGCGCGUGGGAGAAUGUCGUGAGUGGCCAAAAAAAAGCUGAGGAUUUUCCCAAUGAAGAUGUCUUUAGAUUACUGCCGUCACUCCACAUAACCUUUAGGAGCAUUGAAUCUCUCGGUGGGCCACACGCCAUGGAGCGUUUAUUAUUUGAACUGAAACCAACGUUUAUAAUAUUUUACAACGCCAAUCUUUCUCUUACGAGGCAGACAGAGGCAGACAUAAUAUACUUUUUCUUACUGGUGCUCCGUGUGUUUACCAACGCUGUCCUACGAGGUUUAUAA